AUGGCCGAGCCUGACCAUAUGGACGGCAUCAUCGGCACCCAGAUACCGGCUCCAGAUAUCGAGGGUCUCAAUGACCAUGAUGCGACCGGUGAUGGUUAUGAACCUCAGCGCGAUAGUGUCGAACAACAAGCUCAAGCAGUUUCCAAUCACGGGUAUCAAGACGAUGACGAGGAAGGCUUUACUCAUGAGGCUCAUAACGACCAUGAAGAGAUUAUGGAAGAAGAGUUCAUCAGCCACGAUCAAGACACACCCGUUGCCUCAGUGGAGCAAUACGACGCCGCAGAAACCACCAGGCACGAUACCUCUGAACAAGCGCCGCACAUCCAUGAAAAUGACUCUACCUCACUGUUCAUCUCUGAGAACAGCCCGCCGUCCCCAGUUAUCGCACCUCGACAAGACUCCAUCGUGCCUAUGGCCCCUCCUGCAUGUCCUGCCCCUCCUCGUAAGAAGAUGCCUGGUCUCUCGGUCUUUGGCGCGAUUAAGAAAAUGCAGAAAAGGAGGCAGGAACAGAAGCUCGUUGCCAGCAGACAGGCUUCGACAUAUCAGACCACUGCCAACCUUGACAAUGAGGCAUACCUGGAGGCCGUCAUGCUAGGACAACCCUCAUCUACCGCAGUUCCAGCUAUCGACCAGGAUGAUUUUGCAGACAAGCAAGCGGCCAGGGAUUACGAGAAGCAGAAACGCCAUUAUGAUGAGAUCAAAAGGAAGAACGGUACGCUUUCAUUCAAGCAAGAUGUUGAGUGGAUGAAGAUCAGGGGUGCUGAAACGGCUAGAAAGAGGAAGCGACUUCGUGAUAUUGAGAAAGCUCGGGAGGAGAAUGAGGAUGAACCAGACCUGUUCCUGGAGUUCCACCUCCCAACAAACAACGAGCAAGAGGAGGAGUCCGACAAUGAUUUCUGCUUUGAGGACUCCGAACCUCGCAAGCGUCGUCGACCGAUGCCCACGAAAGAGGAGAAGCAGAUGACGAUACAGGACGCUGAAAUGCAGAGCAUGCGAGUUGCUCUUGAGGCCGAAGGCGAUCUACCGCGAAAGAAGAAGAAAGGAGAUGCAGCCGGCGAUGAUGUCCAGGGUUCUGCGACCUCUGGUCGUGGCAAGGAUUCUAAAGGAAAGUCGAUAGGCAAGCCUAGAAAGCCGAGGUCUGGUCCUAAAAAGCCCACUAAGAGCCGUGGUGGGAAAAGUUCAAGGAAGGAAGUUGUGGAACAUGCAGUCAAACAAGCAACUUCUCUUUUCAACGCCGACGUCUUCCAGCAACAAGCUGGUGCGAACGCAGCUGAGCAGCCUACAUUCAGAUCGAGAGUCAAGGCAGAUGCGUUGAAAGAACUCAUCGCCAGCGUACCUCUAGAUGACCAGAAGAAAGCCAGGGGUGACAUGGCCAUGCUGUUAGCUGCAACGAAAGAUUUUGAUGGCAAGGGCAGUGUCAAGGCAGAUGGUUGCGGCCUCUGGAAAGUCACCGGUAUGAGCACCUCACUCAAGCCUUAUCAGGUACUUGGCACCGCCUUCAUGCGUCGUCGAGAGAACGCAACGGAAGAGCCAAGGGGUGGCUUGAUGGCCGACCAAAUGGGACUUGGCAAGACCCUCAUGAUGCUGGCGAACAUGGUUAAUGGACGGCCGGCUAAGAAUGACAAAGGCCCCAAGACAACUUUGCUGGUCGCCAGUCCUGCACUAUUGGCUCAAUGGAAGAGCGAAAUCGAACUGCAUACCGAUGCAUCCAAGGUCAAGAUAAGAAUCAUGCGUUAUGGCGCUGGCACGCGCCUUGAUUCGACCAACGCCUACGAGAUCUUAGCAGGGCACGACGUCGUUCUCACCACCUAUACCGAGAUCAUGAAGUCUUACCCGAAAAAUGAGCCACCUAUCGAGUGCCAGACCGCCCAGCAGAAGAUAGAAUGGUGGAAAGAAGUCUUCAGGAAUCAGAGAGGCCCACUACACCGUAUGAUGUUCUUACGCAUCGUUCUGGACGAGGCUCAGGCCAUCAAGAACCAUAUGUCACGAACGUCGAUCGCCUGUCGGGCUCUAAUGGCGCGCCACAAGUGGGCUCUCAGUGGCACUCCGAUUCUCAACAGUUUGACUGAGCUUUACCCCUACUUCAAGUUCCUUGAUGUCCCGCACACCGGUAGUUUUAAGAUCUUCAAGAACAACUAUUGCGACAGUAAAGAUGCGGAGAAUACUGAGAGGCUGUUGGUACGCCUCUCACAAUUCAUGAUCCGACGCACUCACGCGGAUAAGAUGUUUGGGGCUCCCAUUCUGAAGCUUCCUCAAGCCGACCAGACAACCUAUUGGUGCGAAUUCAACUCUGUCGAGAGAGCCAUUUAUGACAUCGUCCGCAUGCGCUUCGCCAAGUGCAUCAACAUGUGGGCGCAAAAUGGUACUUUGGAUAAGUCAUACAGUAACGCAUUGGUGAUGCUGCUUCGACUUCGUCAACUGACAGCGCACAUCCUUAUGCUCCAGUUUGUCGUGCGAGAUCUGCUCGAACGCGAAGACAUCGAAGCCAUCAAACAGGUGGUUGACAAAGAGGCACAAUUAAGCAGCAAGCCGGGUGUAAAUACGAUCACGGCUGUCCGUAAGCAGCUCGAUAAGAUCGCAGCGGACCAGAAGAAGAGGAUGGCCGCUCUUGAGGCUAAGAAGGCGGCCAAAUCUAAAAAAGCUACCGCCAAGAAGGCUGCCGAAGCUAGAAACGAGGCAUACAUAUCAGACAACGACGAUGACGACAACGAUGUCUUAAUAGAGGAGGACGUCGACGAGGCCGUUGAUGAUGAGUCUGCAGAUGAUAUAAUCCGACGCUUCACCGGGGGUGGUGAAUUCGGCAAGGACUUCAACUUCAAGCCCUUCCUGAACAGUCUCAAGACUGGUGAGAGCUGGGAGAAGACAAAGCAGAAGGCUAAGUGUAACUGGUGCGGAAAGCAACCCAGAGUACCGCUAUUAACGUCCUGUGGACAUCUCAUCUGCAGCGAACCUUGCUACGAAAACUUGCUGGUCGAAAUGGCCGGGAACGACUCCGAUAUCUUUCUGCCAUGCAAGGCGUGCGGUAAAACUCCUACAACCAUUCACCCCUGCGAGGUCGAUGACGAUGAUACACCAGAUGCGCCAGCACAAGGCACACGAGCCAACAAGAAGAAACAUAAGGAGCAGCAACGCACGCGUCAGGAUCGCGAAGACAUUGCCGACGACUGGCUUGAGUUGGCUGGCGAUGAUGUUCUCCCCUCUGCGAAGACGAUCGCUGUCAAGAGUCAGAUCAUGAAUUGGCUUAAGGAGAACCCGCACGUCAAGAUCAUCGUCUAUACCCAGUUUCUGCCUAUGAUCCGCAUUCUGGCACGAGUAUUCCGAGGAGAAGGCUGGCAGACUGAGCAGUACCAUGGCAGCAUGAGCUUGGGCGCUCGCGACAAGGCUAUCAACUCAUUCGACGAGAAUCCGGAUUGCAAGAUCAUGCUGGCUUCUCUUCGUUGCGGUGGUUUGGGACUUAACCUUACUAUGGCUUCCAAGGUCAUCAUGAUCGACCCCUGGUGGAAUUCGGCAUCGGAACAACAAGCUUUCUGCCGCGUCUUCCGUAUCGGCCAGCUUGAGAAGACAUUCAUGAGCCGCCUCUGCGUCAAGAACACGGUCGAUGAGCGCCUCAUCGAGAUGCAGGAGCGCAAGCAACAUGAGAUCGCUUCGGUUAUGGAGGACGAUGGAAAGACGAUGAAGAAGAUGGAUACACGCUCGUUGAUGCGACUGUUCGGUAACUUGGAGGAGGAUCCGGAUGGUAGGACGUUCAUCAUGGUCGACAACCCGGAUCCACGCGGUGGUUUCCGGGCUGAUCGAGAUGAUGAAGGCUAUGCGGAUGAUUUCUAG